ACCUUCUCCUUUCAUCACCUCGUCGCGCUCAUCGCCUUACCAUCCAAAUCACCCCUAAACAUCUCCAUUUUGCAUCGAGACGUGUCAUCUAGGGGCAAGAACCACGACAGUACCGAUACGAAAAUUGCUUCCUUCGCGUUUUUCGACUUCGCAACAGUAACCAGACCAAGGUCGCAGGCGCCCUUGUGGCAAGGGCUGCCAAAGGCCUCGCCCGGCUCCAGCAAUUUUCCUCUCGCUGUCGCUGUUGUAUGCCUGAGAGUUACUCUGUCAGCAGGACGACUCAGAACCGCUCAGUCUCCGUUAUUAUCGAAUCAUCCUUCCACAGGGUUAUCCGUCUCCCGACCAGCCUAUUCACAUAACUGCAACCGACAUCAUGACCGUCCACUUUCCUUACUCUAAGGCGCCACUGCGCACCAUCAAGGAGAUCCAGUUUGGUCUCUUCUCACCCGAAGAGAUCAAGCGGAUGAGUGUAGUGCACGUGGAAUACCCAGAGACUAUGGACGAUCAAAGACAGCGACCACGGACUAAAGGUCUGAACGAUCCUCGCCUGGGAACGAUCGAUAGACAAUGGAAUUGCGAAACUUGCGAAGAAGGACAGAAGGAAUGUCCUGGACACUUUGGACAUAUCGAGUUGGCUACUCCAGUCUACCAUAUUGGCUUCUUGGCGAAAAUCAAGAAGCUGUUGGAGACCGUUUGCCACAACUGUGGAAAGAUCAAAGCCAACACGUCCGAUCCCAAGUUCUUAGAAGCCAUCCGUAUGAGAGAUCCGAAGAGGCGCUUUGAUCAUAUCUGGCGACUUUCAAAAGAUGUGUCAGUCUGCGACGCUGAUCCCCCUGCCGAUGAAGACGAGCCAUAUACGAAAGAAGGCGCUAAGCCCGUGAGAGGGCAUGGCGGAUGUGGUAACUCCCAGCCUACGAUCCGAAAAGAGGGAAUAACGUUGGUCGGGACGUGGAAACCCAACAAGAACAUGGUGGAUGACGAUAUGGACAUGCCGCAGCCGGAAAAGAAAGUCAUCACGCCUCAGAUGGCUUUGAAUGUUUUCAAGGCUAUUUCUUCGGAAGAUGUCCGUAUUAUGGGUUUGAGCAAUGAUUAUGCCCGUCCCGAAUGGAUGAUAAUUACUGUGCUACCCGUUCCUCCUCCUCCUGUUCGCCCUAGCGUCCUCGUCGGUGGCAGCACUAGUGGUCAGCGCGGUGAGGACGAUCUAACGUACAAGCUUGCAGAAAUCGUUCGUGCCAACCAAAACGUUCAGCGUUGCGAGCAAGAAGGUGCGCCAGAACACGUCGUCCGCGAGUUCGAGUCCUUGUUGCAGUAUCAUGUCGCUACAUACAUGGACAACGACAUCGCUGGUCAGCCGAAGGCUAUGCAGAAAUCAAACAGACCUGUCAAAGCCAUUCGCAGUCGUCUAAAGGGUAAAGAGGGCCGCUUGCGACAGAACUUAAUGGGAAAGCGUGUCGACUUCUCAGCUCGUACUGUUAUCACUGGCGACCCUAAUUUGUCACUUGAUGAAGUUGGCGUCCCGAAGAGCAUUGCAAAGACGCUAACCUACCCGGAAGUUGUUACCCCGUACAACAUUGACAAAUUGCAACAGCUCGUCAUGAAUGGCCCCAACGAGCACCCUGGAGCAAGGUACAUUAUUCGGGACACUGGUGAACGCAUUGAUCUCCGUCACGCGAAGAGAGCCGGCGGCCAGCAGCUCCUUUAUGGUUGGAAGGUUGAACGGCAUCUGAUGGAUGGUGACGUUAUCUUGUUCAAUCGGCAACCUUCACUUCACAAAGAGUCUAUGAUGGGGCAUCGUGUUCGCGUCAUGCCAUAUUCCACAUUUAGACUUAACCUUUCUGUCACAACUCCUUACAAUGCUGAUUUUGACGGUGAUGAAAUGAACUUGCACGUACCACAAAGUGAAGAAUCUCGCGCAGAAUUGAGUCAACUGGCCCUGGUCCCUAUGAAUAUCGUGUCCCCCCAACGGAAUGGCCCGCUUAUGGGUAUUGUCCAGGAUACUCUUUGCGGUAUCUACAAGAUCUGCCGGCGAGAUAUUUUCCUGACCAAAGAGCAAGUUAUGAAUAUCAUGCUUUGGGUCCCUGACUGGGAUGGGGUUAUUCCUCCACCGGCAAUCCUGAAGCCCAGACCGAGAUGGACCGGGAAACAAAUGAUCAGCAUGGCCCUUCCAUCAGGCCUGAACCUUCUUCGUGUGGAGAAGGAUAACUCCCCUCUAUCCGAGAAGUUCUGUCCCUUGAAUGACGGUGGCCUGCUUGUCCAUAGCGGCCAGUUGAUGUAUGGAAUGUUCUCUAAAAAGACGGUUGGUGCAAGUGGCGGUGGUGUUAUCCAUACAAUCUACAACGAAUAUGGACCGGAUACUACUGUCGCAUUUUUCAAUGGUGCCCAGACAAUUGUCAAUUAUUGGCUACUGCAUAAUGGUUUCAGCAUUGGUAUCGGUGACACGAUUCCUGACGCUUACACAAUCCAGAGGAUUGAACAUGCUGUCCGUGUACGGAAGCAGGAGGUUGAGUCGAUUACAGAAAGCGCGGCUGAGAACACAUUGGAACCCUUGCCGGGUAUGAAUGUGCGAGAAACCUUUGAGAGUAAAGUCUCUCGUGCUCUCAACAAUGCUCGUGAUGAGGCAGGUAGCGAAACUGAGAAGAGUUUGAAGGAUCUCAACAAUGCCAUUCAAAUGGCUCGCUCGGGAUCAAAGGGUUCAACAAUUAACAUCUCGCAGAUGACUGCAGUAGUCGGGCAACAGUCGGUGGAGGGCAAGCGAAUUCCUUUCGGGUUCAAAUACCGCACUUUACCACACUUCACGAAGGACGACUAUUCCCCAGAGUCUCGUGGCUUUGUUGAGAACUCGUACCUUCGUGGUUUGACUCCGACGGAGUUUUUCUUCCAUGCCAUGGCUGGUAGAGAGGGUCUUAUCGAUACUGCAGUUAAAACUGCCGAAACAGGUUAUAUUCAGCGGAAAUUGGUCAAGGCCUUGGAAGAAGUUAUGGUCAAAUAUGAUGGGACCGUUCGUAAUUCUCUGGGUGAUGUAAUACAAUUCAUAUACGGAGAAGACGGUCUGGACGGUGCUCACAUCGAAAACCAACGUGUUGAUGUGAUUAGGUGCUCGGAUGAGAAGUUCAGGAAGCGCUUCCGUGUCGACCUGAUGGACCCAGAGUGGUCACUCGGUCCUGAAGUCCUUGAACAGGCCAAUGAAAUUGCGGGUGAUAUCGAAGUUCAGAAAUACCUUGACGAGGAGUGGGAGCAGCUUCUGGCCGACAGAGCUUUCCUUCGCACCGUCGCUAAGGAGGACGAGGAAAUGAUGCAGCUUCCAAUUAACGUGCAGAGGAUCCUUGAAACCGCCAAGACCACAUUCAGAAUUCGCGAAGGAACCAUAAGUGACUUGCACCCGGCGGAGGUCAUUCCUCAAGUUCGGUCUCUGCUUGACCGCUUGCUCAUCGUCCGCGGCCGUGAUUUCAUCUCGCAGGAGGCCCAGGAGAAUGCUACCCUCCUGUUCAAGGCUCAGCUACGCAGCCGUCUUGCAUUCCGAAGACUUGUCACGGAGUAUUCAAUGAAUAAACUUGCAUUCCAACAUGUCAUCGGAGCCAUCGAAAGCAGAUUUGCAAGAGCUAUCGCCAAUCCAGGUGAAAUGGUUGGCGUUCUUGCUGCUCAGUCGAUUGGCGAACCGGCUACGCAGAUGACUCUUAACACUUUCCACUUCGCCGGUGUUUCGUCAAAGAACGUCACCCUUGGUGUUCCCCGUCUCAAAGAAAUUUUGAACGUCGCGACCAACAUCAAAACUCCGUCGAUGACUGUAUACCAGAGUCCUGCUAGGGCUCAUGACAAGGAAUAUGCGAAACAGCUACGAAGUGCUGUGGAGCAUACAAGUCUGAGAUCCGUUACAGAGGCUACUGAAAUUUAUUAUGAUCCAGAUAUUCAGUCUACUGUUAUUGAAAAUGAUAGAGAUAUGGUGGAGUCGUACUUCAUCAUUCCUGAGGAUGUCACUGAGGAUGCUGCUCACCAAUCCAAGUGGUUACUUCGUAUUAUCCUCAGUCGACCGAAGCUUCUCGAUAAAGGACUGACAGUCCAGGAUGUUGCUGCACGCAUCAAGCACGAGUACCCUAAGGAUAUCGCUGUCAUCUUCAGCGACAACAAUGCGGAUGAGCAGGUCAUUCGAAUCCGUCAAAUUCAAGACUAUAAGGACGAAGAAGAAGAAGAUGACAUUGAGUAUGAUGUCACGCUGAAAAAGCUGGAGCAACAUCUUCUUGAUACACUUACACUUCGUGGAGUUCCUGGAGUUGAGCGGGCAUUCAUCAAUGAGAAGAGUAAGGUUCGCAUUCUCGAGGACGGCUCCCUAUUCUCGAGCAAGGCCGACCCACUAUGCAAGGAAUGGGUUCUCGAGACGAGUGGUUCCUCACUCGGCGAAGUCUUGGCUAUUCCAGGGGUUGAUGCAACUCGCACUUACUCGAAUCAGUUCAUUGAAGUUUUCCAAGUGUUUGGUAUUGAGGCCGCUCGUACUGCUGUCCUUCGUGAAUUGACGCAAGUGCUCGCCUUCGACGGUUCCUACGUCAACCAUCGCCAUUUGGCACUCCUGGUCGAUGUGAUGACUGUGAGGGGCUAUCUUACACCUGUAACCCGUCACGGUAUCAACCGUGCGGAUAAUGGAGCACUGAUGCGUUGCUCGUUCGAAGAGACGGUGGAGAUUCUGUUGGAGGCUGCCGCCUUUGGAGAGCUCGACGACUGCCGUGGCGUGUCCGAGAACUUGAUCUUAGGCCAGAUGGCGCCUGCCGGAACUGGCGAGUUUGAUAUCUACCUCGAUCAGGACAUACUCAACACCGUUGUUUCGAACAACGCAAGAUUCGGCGUGAUGGGUCCGAUUGGUGCCAAGGAUGCUAUCUCGGAUGGUGCAGCAACUCAAUAUGACACAGGUUCUCCUUUACAGGCGAAUGCCUACAUCGGGACGCCAGACCCGGAUUCGGCCUUCUCUCCCAUUCAUCAGGCUGGUGCGGAGAGUCCGGGAGGCUUUACCGAUUAUCAAGCUGCAGGGUUCAGCCCAGCCAGGAGCCCUGGUUAUCUUCCAAGCAGCCCCUUCAACACGAGUCCAACGUCUCCAGGCUAUUCUCCGACUUCAAGCUAUUCCCCCACAUCUCCUGGCAUGGGCAUUACCAGUCCUGGUUUCAUAACCUCACCCGGGUUCUCUCCUGCUAGCCCCUCGUUUGUGCCUACAUCCCCUGCUUAUUCCCCUACGUCUCCAGCGUAUGGGCAGGCGUCACCGACCUCGCCGUCUUACUCUCCAACAUCGCCAGGGUUCUCACCCACGUCGCCAAACUAUAGCCCUACCUCGCCAAGCUUUAGCCCGGCUUCACCUGCCUUCAGCCCUACAUCUCCCAGCUAUAGCCCGACCAGCCCUGCUAUCGGUGGCGCUGGGCGACACUUAUCACCUACAUCGCCCACAUCUCCCAAAUACACCCCUACCUCUCCUGGAUGGUCUCCUACUAGUCCACAGACGUAUUCCCCAACUUCCCCUAACUUCGCUGGAUCACCGACGUCGCCUGGCGGGCCAACCUCUCCGGGAUACAGUCCAACUUCCCCGGCUUUUAGCCCGACGUCCCCACGCCAGUAGAGUUAGCCUUCUGUGUGCUGGCUUCUCAUUAACGACCACUCUUCUUCUUUCUCGCCCUUUUCCACCACUGUACCACUAUGUUCUAAUGCAAAAGAACAACACAAAGAAUUGAUUUGCAUCUUAGGUUUCGAACUUGGUUAUAUCUCUCGCAAUCUGGGCGUUUUAGCCUUCCCAUGUAUGUUUCUCCUUUCGAGUUGUAGCCUUAUGGCUUGUCUUGUUACUUUUUCUCUUUUCCCUAUGUUUUUUCGCCUUCCUAAUUCAAGGCUGCCCCUUCGAAAAUUGCGAACAAUUCUUCGGGCUAUGCAUGUUUCAGCGAGAUUGACGUAGAUACCGAGACUUUCUAGAAUGCAGGAGGAUGACUGCAGUUGUCCUUGUGGUUUUUCGUUUCUUUGCCCAGUGUCAACAUGAAGAAGCUGAAUGUGUCACUGUUUUUAUCUUCUGGUUUUAAUGUAUCUAAAAGAGAGAAAAAAAAAUAAAAAUAAACGAAAACAUUCC